CGGCUCUGCGGACUCAAGGAGAGAAGGACAAACUGUUCCUCAGUGUAACCAGACUUGGGACCUUAAAGGAUUAUUAACUAUUUGUACACAGGUCCACAUCCGCCUCCCCAUGCAGAACUCCAAGAAAUGAAUAAAGCACCACAACCUAUAACGGGACCCCCCUCUAUCCCCCACCCGGCCCCCUCCCCUGGCCUGUCACAGCCCUCAUUCCCCCCCGGGCAGCCCCCUUCUGUUGUGUUUGCCUCCCCACCGCCUCCACAAAUGAACCCAACACCACAGACCCGACAGUUUGCCCCAGGUCCCCGACCUUUACACCAACAGCCCUACUACACCAACAGGGCCAGCUUGCCUCCUGGUAGUGGGCCGCGAGGUGUCCCUCCCAACAAUGCCCCUCGACCCGUGACGCCCACCCAUGUCUACCAGCCAGGCCCUGGCUCCCAAAUGAUGAUGAUCCCUGGGCAACAGUUGCCCUUCGCCAACUCGCCUCAGGGACCCGCCUACUUCAUACCGGGACAGUACCGGUCAGCUACCUACGUGGCCACACCCCAGCAAUACCCAGUCCCAGCAGGCACCCCAGGCUUCUACCCAGGCACCAGCCAAGCUGAAUAUGGUACUUAUGCAGGGGCCUACUACCCCGCCCAGCCACAGUUCACCCCCUCGGUGCAGGCGGCACCGGUUAUUAUGAACCCUGCCCCUCAACAGCAGCAGCAACCACCACCUCAGCCUCCACAACACAUCCCCACGAAACGGGAACGCAAACCGAUAAGAAUAAGAGACCCAAACCAAGGAGGUCGAGACAUUACAGAGGAGAUUAUGUCAGGAGGCCGGAGUGGCUCUACCCCAACCCCACCACAGACAGCCAUAUCUGGAUUAGAAAACACAGCAGCGUCACAGGCCAACGGUGAGAGCGUCCCAGCUGACGAUACACCAGCACUGGUCAGACCAGAUGACAGUGGUAAACCUACACCUCCUCCCCAAUCAAAGACCCCUGACCUCUCAAAGGGCGACUCUUUUCCAUCCGAGGCUGCAUCCUUUAACACAAACACUAAGACACCUCCAACCCCUCUAAUAUCAGAAGCAGUGGACAUCCCUGACAACACUAUAUCCACCCUUGAACCCAGUGCUCCUGUUGCAGAUGUGAUGGACACUCCAUCACCUCCACGGGAGCCCACUCCAACACCUCAAUCAGCACCUGAAGUGCCAGCCUACCCGGCACCGCUUCCUGACCCCGUCCCUGGCUGUACCGCACAGGACAAAACAGGCAAGGAAGCUUCAGAGGAGAAGGAAGAGGUAAAGACCGAGACAGAAGAGGCAGCUGCCUACUUGGACACACCUCUUAACCCUCUCUGCAACACUAACGGUGUUUCAAUGGCUGAGCCAGAACAGUCUUCUGUCUCCAGUGACCUGGAAGCUCCUCUGGAGUCUCCAAUUGCACAGCCCGAGGAGCUCCGCCUUCCAAAUGGCCUGCCACUGCCAGCCCCUCAAGACCCAGAGGCCCCUGCCAUCGGUGCAGCCGAGCAUGACGACAGCCCCAUCGCAGAGCCUGUAAUGGAGAUCUCUACAGCCAUCAUUCAGGCAGCGUCUACACCUAUUGUCCAAGCUGCACCUUCACCUGCUGACCAGCCUGCACCCGCGUCUGUACCUGCUCCUGCCCCUGUACUCGCCCCUGCAGCCGCCCCUGCAGCCGCCCCUGCACCCGCACCUGCAGUCGCACCUUCAACAUCCCCUGUAGCUGCCCUUUUACCCGACCCUGUAACCGCACCUGUACCCGACCCUUCACCCAAACCUGCACCUGAACCCGGACUCUCACCUGCUGUCCAGGAGAUUCCCGCUGAGCCAGUCGUCAAGGCAGCGCCUGCGCCAGCUGAGGUAGAGGACUUGGUUCCUCAAGUCGUCCUGGAUGUGAAGGAAGAUCCCUCAGUGCCCCUGUCCACCGCCAAGGAAGAGAUGCCAUCUCCUGCAGAGACAGUUUCUAUAGCUGAAAGCACACAAGAAACUGUGCCCACUCCUCCUACUCACACAGCAGAGGAGAGGGAGGACACCCCUCCUCCCGAGACAGUCACCCCUGCCCUUUUAGAAACUACUGUACAAGCUGCUGUGUCUGUGCCAAAAAAAAAGAGAAAGAUGAAGGAUCUGAACAAAAAGGAUGCCGUGGGCGACUUGCUGGAUGCCUUUAAAGAGGAGCAGGUAGUGACCCCACCAGAGCCCGAGCCCACCCCAGCACCAGAGCCUCAGCCCCCUGCUCCGUCCCCUCCUGCCCCAGAGGAGCCGGACCUGAACUGGGAGGACAAGGAGGACAAGGAGGAAAAGGCGGACAAGCUGGAUGAUGAGAACAUUCAGCCAGACGAUCCCACUGACAAGAAGUACCAGUUCAAAAUGGAACAAUGGAUGCCACUUAACGCUGAAGAGAAGAAGAAAUAUGACAGGGAGUUCCUUUUGGGCUUCCAGUUCAUCUCAGCCAGCAUGAACAAGCCUGAGGGUCUCCCAGCCAUCAGUGAUGUUGUCCUGGACCAGGCAAAUAAGGCCCCUAUGCGUCAACAUGACCCCAGUCGUCUGGCAGGAAUGAGCUCUGGUCCUGACUUUACACCCUCCUACGCCAAUCUUGGCAGGCCUGGCAUGGGAGGAGGAAACAGAGGACCACCUCCGGGAAUGGGAGGGGGAGGAGGAGGUGAUCGAGGAGGUGAUCGAGGAGGUGAUCGAGGAGGUGAUCGAGGAGGUGAUCGAGGAGGAGAUCGAGGAGGAGGAGGAAUGGGAAUGGGAGCUGGUGGUCCACGCCGCUCUCAGCAAAUGCAGAGGAAAGAGCCAAGGAAGAUCAUCACCAGCUUUUCACUACAUGACGAUGUGCAGCUGAACAAGGCAGAGAAGGCCUGGAAACCCUCAGGGAAGAAGGUUGUUCAAAGUCGCGAAGUAGAGGAGCCUGAGGAGAACGACUCAGAGCAGGGCAAGACCCAGGAGCUGUUCAAACGGGUCCGCAGCAUCCUCAACAAGCUGACUCCUCAAAAGUUUCAACAACUAAUGAAACAGGUUACUGAUCUGACCAUUGACACAGAGGAGCGGUUAAAAGGAGUCAUAGAUCUCACCUUCGAAAAGGCCAUCUCCGAGCCAGACUUUUCGGUGGCCUAUGCCAACAUGUGCCGCUGCCUUAUGGGGCUCAAAGUCCAAACCCCAGAUAAGCCGGGAAUGAAUUUCCGCAAGCUGCUGCUAAAUCGCUGCCAAAAGGAGUUUGAAAAGGACAAAGAUGACGAUGAAAUCUUUGAGAAGAAACAGAAGGACCUGGAAGCUGCUACAGGGGAGGAGGAGAAGCUACGCCUCAUUGAGGAGCUAAAAAAUGCUAAAAUUCAGGCCAGGAGGCGCUCGAUGGGUAACAUCAAGUUCAUCGGUGAGCUGUUCAAGCUUAAAAUGCUCACAGAGGUCAUCAUGCACGACUGCAUCGUAAAGCUGCUCAAAAACCAUGAUGAGGAGUCCCUGGAGUGCCUGUGUAGACUGUUGUCCACCAUUGGCAAGGACCUAGACUUUGAGAAGGCCAAGCCUCGUAUGGUCCAGUAUUUCAAUCAGAUGGAGAAAAUAAUAAAGGAUAAGAAGACCUCCUCUAGGAUCCGCUUCAUGUUGCAGGAUGUGCUGGACCUUCGACGGAACAAUUGGGUUUCCCGGCGAGGCGACCAGGGCCCAAAGACCAUUGACCAGAUUCACAAAGAGGCAGAACAGGAGGAGCAAAGGGAGCAGAUGAAGGUGCAGCAAGCUUACAUCUCCAACAAGGACUUUGGUCGUGGUGGUGGCGGUCAAGGAGGAAGGAUGGGCGGAGGAGGCAGGGAAGGUGGGGGAGGCCGCGGGGGGCAUCACACCCCAGGCCGCGGUAAUCCCCCCCAGGACGAAGGCUGGAACACUGUGCCCAUCUCCAAGAACCGACCCAUUGACAACUCGCGCCUUAGCAAAAUCACAAAGACUCCUGUUCUUGACUUCAACAGUCAGUUGCUUGCCCCAGGAGGUAAAGGCACAUGGGGGAGCUGGGGUAAAGGCAGCAGCGGUGGCUCCACUGCCAAAACUGCAGAUUCUGUUUCAGCCCCAGGCUCAGAGCCAGGAAAUCGUCCAGCCACCAGCACUGUGAACCGAUUCUCAGCCCUGCAGCCGGCUCAGUCCUCCUCUGGAUCUUCACAGGACUCCGACAGACGAGUUCCUCAGAGAAACAGCUCGAGUAGAGACCGUGGUGACCGCUUUGAACGCUCGGAUCGCGGCGGCGACCGGCGGGAUGACCGUGAUCGCAACCGGCUACAGGUCACCAAACGAAGCUUCAGUCGGGACAAAGAAGAGCGGAGCCGUGAGAGAGAACAUCGCGGGUCGGCCGAUCCCGUCCGGAGAGUAGCGAGUAUGACAGAUGACAGAGACCGAGGCAGCAGAGAGAGAGCCACGAGCAAAGAGACUGUGAAGCGGGAGACCACUGCCACCCCUCCCCCUCCCCAGACCCCCACACCGCCUGCCUUGACUGAGGAAGAGCUGGAAAAGAAGUCGACAGCUAUCAUCGAGGAAUAUCUGCACAUCAACGACAUGACGGAGGCACUGCAGUGCGUGAGGGAGAUGAACAGCACUCAGCUGCUUUUCGUGUUUGUACGAAACGGGCUGGAGUCGACGAUGGAGCGCAGCACCAUCGCCAGGGAGCGCAUGGGCCUGCUGCUGCACCAGCUUAUGAAGACCGGAAUCCUCUCAACACAGCUUUACUUUAAAGGGCUUCAGGAAAUCCUGGAGGUGGCUGACGACAUGGCAAUAGACAUCCCCCACAUCUGGCUGUACCUGGCAGAGCUGCUCGCUCCCAUGCUCCUUGAGGGAGGUAUCCCCAUGGGAGAAUUUUUCAGGGAGAUUUCAAAGCCUCUGAUCCCUCUGGGAAAAGCUGGAGUCCUACUGGUCCAGAUCCUCACUAUACUCUGCAAAGGAAUGAGCCAUAAAAAGGCAGGAGCAAUGUGGAGCGCAGCAGGCCUCCGCUGGAAUGACUUCCUGCCUGAGGAUGUGGACGUCAACAAGUUUGUGACAGACGAGAGUGUGGAGUUCACACUGGGUGACGAGUCAGAGAAGGGCAAAAAGGUGGAGCUGAGCAAUGCAGACCUGGCCAGACAGCUGGACAGACUCUUCAAGGACAGGGCCGACAACCAGAGGAUCUAUGACUGGAUUGAGGCCAACCUAGAUGAGCAGCAGGCCUCCUCCAACAUGUUCGUCAGAGCUCUGAUGACCUUCGUCUGCCAGGCAGCUGUCAUCAGUGAGAACCCCUACAAGAUGGACAAUGAGCAGAUCAAACAGAGAGCCAAAAUGCUGCAGAAAUUCCUGAAGGACGAGGAGAAGGAGCUGCAGGCUCUCUACGCUCUGCAGGCCUUCAUGGUCGAGUUGGAACAACCUGCCAAUCUGCUGCGGGUGUUCUUUGACACUCUUUACGAUGAGGAUGUGAUCAAAGAGGAAACCUUCUACAAGUGGGAGUCAUGCAAAGACCCCGCCGAACAGCAGGGCAAAGGCGUGGCCCUCAAGUCCGUCACUGCCUUCUUUACUUGGCUCCGCGAGGCCGAGUCUGAGUCCGACAACAGUUAGGCCCCCGGCCACUAGAAGAUCUGCCGGGAACUCGGCUCCAUGGAGAGAGUGAAUGUUCUGUGGAGGAUUCAGAAGAAUCUGAAUCAGCAAAAUCCUUCUGCAUAAACAGAAAAAAGCCAGAAAAAAAUUCUUCACCUGGGAGAGAUUGUAUUAUGGAUCGAACUUUCGAUCAUCUUAUUUUUUUGUUAUUAUUUUGUUUUGGGUUUUUUUUGUUUGCGCUACAGAAUGUCUUCUUUUUUUUUAUAUAUAUAUAAAUGCGAUCGCAGGCUUAAAUCGAGAGAGUAGACAUGAGAGAGAGAAUGCUGACAAGUUACGGUUAGUCUGUUUUCAAAUGGCUUCUCCUCACCACGGCGACACUAUUCAAGACAUUUUGCUUUAUGACAGAUAUAAAGAAGAAAACUUUAAGAGGCUGUUCACAUCUAUAUUUUUGAUGACUUCAUUCUUUAUCUUGGAGAGACAUGACUCAGCAACUUUGUCAUGUCACAUGUUUGAUCUACAUGAUGCGUUUAUGUAGAUGGUUAGCUUAUUGUUUCCUUCUUUCCAGUGUUGGAUGAUUGGAGUGUGUUUUAUAAGAAAAUAGAAAACUACAAAGAAGUGGCGAGGACUGUCUAAUGGAUAUUUCAGACUGGAGCGGUUGUGGACUGUACGGACUUCAGACUUUAUAAGGGUGGUGUCACUGAGGAGAAGGCCAAUGAACAUUGACCAUUUUGCUGCUGGGGGGGCGAUGAUGCUUCCCUCAUGCCCCUCAACCCCACCCCAAAGACCCCUACUGACCCUCCCCUCCGUGUGUCUGAUUUACUUGUUUCCUGCACAUUUCGUAGGAACAAACUGUGGACUGGGAAGUGGAGAGCGAGGGCUCACGGCUGCACCCUCCUACAAAGCCUGUUGAUGGAUUUUAAAAAUAUAAAACAUCGCUAUUAAAACUUGAAAAAAGUAUACAGACAAAAAAAAUCCACUUUAAUGAAAAAGGACUUUAAAAAAAGUAGAGUUAAACAGUACGAUCCUAAGGCCUUUUCUGCUUCCAAGAGUGAAAAAUGCAUUUCAGGAGAGUUCUGUAAAUAUAUGACGGAUUGUUAUUUUUCUUUUGUUGUUGUUGGUUUUGUUUAGUUUUUUCUCAAAGAAAAUAUGCUAAUGUAAUUCCCCCCCGCCUCUGAAACAAAGUGACAGUUUUCCCCUGUAUUUAUAUUUUUCUCUCGUCAGCUGGCAGAAGGUGCUUGUAAUUAUCCACCCCAAAUCCAGGAUUACAAUUAAUGAAAAUUUGUAAAUACUUUUUUGCUUUUCUUUAUUAAAAAGAUAUUUAAUUAAAGAAAAUGAAUGCCUCUUUUCACAUUCAGAACUGGAAGAGAUCAUAAAGAUUGUUGCAAAUAAAAUGGAAAAAAAGACA